UUAGAAAAAAUUCUUAAACGACUGAUUAAAUUACUUGAUAUAACUCAUGGUACUAUAUUUAAUAGUAGAAAGUAUCAACCAGGUAAGUAUGAAGAAAUCGGAAUGGUAGUUCAUAAUGGCUAUGCAUUUCCAAGAAACCAGCACUUCCCAAGAGAUCGAAUAGUCGAAUAUUAUAAGGGUGAUACAUGGGAAGCUAUCAGUAAUACCUUCAGGGGACCUCAAGCAAUCUGGCUUAUGGGAAAAAAGCAUACAGAAAUUAUAGAAGCAUGCAAACAACUGGUCAAUGAUAUAAUAGAUUGGCAAUAUCAGGAAAGAAUAAUCAAUAAGGAAAAGAAAUUGAUUCUUUCAGAAUCUCUAAAAGUUGUUGAUUUAGCAGAGCAG